AUGGGAGAGAACGCACCAAAGACUAUCGAAAACGAAGAUGUUGUCCGCCUCGAACGUGUCCAGUCUACGGACGCCGAGUCGGUACCCAUCGAGAAACAUCAUGAGAGCAUCGUCGAUCCCAUGAUGAUCGAUGCGGACAGGGCACGAGAAGCCCGUGGCUUUGACGUUUACGAGCUGCCGCGAGGAUAUUGGUAUAGCACGUCCUUUCUGGGCAGCUUCUUCGCCGUAUGCUUUGCCGCGCUGGCCGGCAUUUCAGGCUUCGCCUGUGUUUCUCCUCUCUUAUCAAUCAUCAACGAGGAGUUGGGGCCCAGCAGCUCGAUCAGUUGGUACUCAACUGCCUGGGUCUUGUGCCAGGGCAUCGGCAACUUGGUCAGUGGCCGCCUGAGCGACAUAUUCGGCCGUCGCUGGAUCUUCAUUGGCGGCUCAGUCUUUGGCGUCGUGGGUUCGAUCCUGGCGCUGACCGCCAAAUCGGUCGGCCAGCUCGUAGGAGUGGCGGUCAUCCUGGGACUGGGUGCUGGACCGCAGUUGAGCUACUUCUGGGUCGUGGCUGAACUGGUGCCCAUGCGAUAUCGAUAUCUCGCCAACACGGCCGUAUACACUCUGAGCUUCCCAGGCGUCGGGCUAGGACCGAAGCUGGCGUAUAGCUUCCAGUACCAAACCAGCGCUCACUGGCGCGGCUCUUUCUGGUUUUGUCUGACCCUCAAUGUCAUCUCUGUCGCCUUUUGGUAUAUCUUCUACCACCCACCAACCCUGAAGAUGCUACACAAACGACAAGCCUUGAAAGAAUUGCUCAUCUCUUUUGACUGGAUCGGGCUGGCCAUCUACUCGGCCAGCGCCUGGACGUUCCUUAUGGGCAUUGGCUGGGGCGGUGGUGCCUAUCCUUGGAAGAGCGCUCAUGUCAUCGCGUCCAUCCUGGCGGGCGCGGCUGGAUUCGCAGUACUCUUACUAUGGUGUGGAUACCAUCCCAUCAAAGGCAUGACACCCUUCAUUCCGCUUCAUUUACUGCGAAACGGCCCCCUCAUGCUGGUGACAAUCUGCACGGGCGUGGGCGCCUCGAUUUACUAUGGCACUCAAGUCAUCUGGCCUACGGCUGUGACGGCUCUGUACAGCGAAGGCCGAAGCACUUCCGACGUGGGGACACUCUUCGCCGUCGUAGUCAUAUGCUACACAGGAGGGCUGAUUAUCGGCAACCUGGCGGCCACCUUUAUAGGCAACAAGGUUGCCAUCUGCUUUGGCAUGUGCACUGCUUCUCCUUUGAUCGCUGCUUCCGGUGUCAACCUAUUGUCUCUGCAUGAAACGCUAGGUCUACUCAUUCCCGGCGCAUUCUUUAUUGGUUUUAUGGAGGGAAUCGCGCUCACGAACUGCUCGUUUCCCCUCGACACUCAAGAAGAGAUUGGCACAGCAGGUGGCCUCUGCGGGACUCUCCGCCUUCUUAUUUCGAACACCGCCAUUUCCAUCUACUCGACUACCCUUACAAACCGUCUGUCCUCCACUAUCCCAGCCAACGUCAUUCCUGCGGCUACACGGGCUGGUCUGGACGAAUCGGCAAUUCCGUCAUUGAUCUCAGGACUCCAAGGGCUCACCCCCUUAAAUAGCACGUACAUCCAUGGUUUGACCCCUGAUAUUACCACCGUUGCAACCGCGGCUUAUAAGUUGGCCAAUGCCCAGGCCCUUAAGACGGUUUUUCUAGUUACGCUUGCUUUCAGUGGACCUGGUAUGAUUGCAUGCUGGUUCGUCAAGACUGACGACAAGAAGAAAUUCAACUUUGUGGCCCAACAUAUCCACGAGAGCAAGCAAACCAGAGCAUUGGAAGCCGACAAUGAUGCCUAA